GGUAGUUUUCUGUUGGUGUGACUUGAUGGGGCUCAUCCAUGCUGAAAAGUGACAAUGCUCACCUGUCAGCUCCUAUUGAAUUGGAAUGGAGUGUUGACAGCACGAACUCCUUUAUCAUCCCGGUCAACACUUUUUGAUUCGUUUCCUCGUCUCUCCGCAAUAUGAUUUAUUCUUCGACCUCGACCUAGAAAAAUCCACAUACAUAACUGCGACCAACUGACCUCGUGCACUUUCUCAAACAUCCCACGACCAGGCGCCGUGAUGUGACCCAGCGCACCUUAUUUUCCGCACACUAAAUUCAUUCCGGAAAGCGUGACGGGAAGCCAGUAGACUCUCAGCCUCACAUCGGAGCCAGCGAUCGAAAAGAAAACAUGUUCUCGCGGCGCUCUAAGUUCAGCCUAGCCAGCGCCUUCUUUCUAGCCAGCUUCCUCUUCCUAUUUAUUCACACCUACCGGUACGGAAGCCCAGAAAAGGCCGGCCUUGGCGGUUUGCUCUCGCGACCCUUUGGAGGAGAGGCCAAGGCGCCGCGUCCGCAGGGCACCAAGGACAAAGAUGACAAUGGCAUCCCCAAGAAGCUCUGGUUCAAACUUGGCCCCAAGGGUCUCGAUGACAACACGCGCGCUUGGUCAGACAGCUGCAUCAAAGCAAACCCGACCUAUAAAGUGUCAUUCAUGAACGAUGCGACGGCCGACAAAUGGGUCGAGGAAAAUUUUGGCAAGACGCACCCCGACCUAGUCGAGCUGUACCAAGCACUUACAGUUCCCAUUUUCAAAGCAGACAUCCUGCGCUACCUGUUCCUUUUCGUCGAAGGCGGCGUCUACCUCGACCUCGACGUAUCAUGCGACCGGCCGAUCGAGGAAUGGAUCCCGGCGCAGCACAAGGGCAAAAUCUCCGUCGUGGCGGGCUGGGAAUUUGACGUUGGCUGGGGCGACAACUUUGUGAGGCAGUUUGCUACGUGGACCAUCAUGGCCAAGCCGAACCUGCCGCACAUCUGGAACGUGGUCCACGACAUUGAAAAGACUAUGCGCGACAAGGUUCGCGAGAAGAACCUCGACUCGCCCGCGAACCUGACCAUGGCCUUGCUGGGCGACGUCGUCGACGUGACGGGCCCGCGCCGCUUCACCCGCAGCGUCCUCGACAACCUGGAGAGGAGUGGCGACAAGCCAGCGGACAUGACGCCCUACGAGAAGCUGCUCGAGCCGAAGCUCCUGGGCGACCUGCUCAUCAUGCCGGGCUGGGCUUUUGCCGCCUCUUCCAACACGUACGACAAAUCUUUCCCGAAGCCGCCGCCGAUGGUCACGCACCACUACGCCGGGUCGUGGAAGAACGACAAGGGCGGCGAGACUUUAUGAUUGCAUGUCUUUUUUAUUUUUAUUUUAUAUUCCAAUUUGUUGUAUCUUGUUCGUUUUUCUGUUCCUUGGCAUUUAAGAUGGAGUUAAUAAGGAGUUUGGUUGCUAGAUAUGCUGUCCCAGACCGUCAUAGACAAAGGAAAGGGUCUGGAACACCCACAGACUGAGUGCUGUGGUAACUUUUUUUUUGACAAGGCAUCUUGUAGCAUUUGAGCAGAUAUUGUGAAAUUUGCUGUUGCCAAUAUCAAAGACUUUUGAUAUCAAAUCCCUGCACCUACCUUGUUACAUGGCGCAUGGACGUGGGACUUGAAUCGUCCUUGACCUAAAAAGUUUAACUCGCGAAUAUGCGUCUAUUCGUCGGCCACGCGUACGAACCUUUUUGGCCCCCACAUGAAUGGCCGUGAUUAACUUUGGCGAAUGGCUACCAGAAUCGCC